AUUGUUUUUUGAAACAGCAAAAUAGCACCAGGGAACGUUUGCGCCGGAACACGUCUCCUCUUUUCGCUGAACCGCCCCCCGGAGCGCAAGUUCAUUCCCUAUUUUAGGGACCUGGGCUUGUGGAGGGAAAAUUCCAAUGUGCGUGGAGUGCAAAAUAGGAAUUGUACAAGCGCCAGUGUACAAAGUCAAUUGAGUGCAAGAUAGAGCCCUUAGUGUUUUACGGCUGUACCUUUAAUGUUUUACGGCUGUCCCUGUCCAGAUUUUUACUGACUGAUCCUUUCAGCUCAAUAAACCAAAACGAGUAUGGCGGGAACAACUCGGGUGUCUUUAUGAAGAUUUAUUCCACACACACAGUUAGUAGUAAGAUAAUAGUUAGGUUGUAAACCGACAAAUUGUACGGGUUCUGAUGAUUAGUAGUGAUGGGACAAAUGAACUGAGGCAUUGAGGCUUGUCUCGAGUAAAAGUGGGCGUGUCAAAUGAAGCCGCGCUUCGAGGCCUGUAUCGAUUCCGGAAAAUGACGUAACCGAUGACAAACGAGGCCUCGGUUUGGACAGAUCACGUCAUUGGUUCGUUCACCGUAUCACUUCCCAAUAAAACGCUUCAAACCUCGAGGCACGCUGUGGGUGUUGUAGGCGUUUAUGGUGAGAAGAGUUGGAGAGAGUAAGUGAGAGUUAGAGAGAGUUGGAGACAGUUGGAGAGAGUUAGCGAGAGUUAGAGAGAGUUAGUGAGAGUUAGAGAGAGUUAGUGAGAGUUGGAGAGAGUUGGAGAGAGUUGGAGAGAGUUUGUCAGAAUAAGAGUAGCAGUAGCAGGAGAGUAGGAGAAGUAGAAGGAGUAGUGUAGAUCAUUUCCCCCACUGUAGGGCUUUGACGUGAGAUAUAUAUUUUUCUUUCCUUUUACACUGGUUUGUGUUUGUUUGUGUGUAUGUCAGUUAUUAUGUUUGUAAAUGUCACUCCUGAGUAUAUAUGUGCACCUUCUGUCACUUUCUUCAGUCACAUACACUCUACUUUGACUCAUGUAUGUAAAGACGUCACUGGGAAGCCACAGUUUGACAGCAGUGUUGUGUUACUCAUUCUUAAAGAUAACAUGUUUAAGUGAAAUAUGUACAACUGUUUUGUGUAUCAUUAAUAAAAUGAGUUGAAAAAAUAAACACUGGUGUUGGGGAAUGAUUUAUUCAUGUGAUGGUGCAUGUAUAUGUUAAGCGUGAUUUUACUACAAAGCACUGUAGGAGCAUUAACAUUCCUGCCAGUUCCAUUUUUGUUUGUUUUGCCACAAAUUCCUUUUCACAAAGAUGGAGCCAGCAAGAAAGAGGAAGUCCUCACCUGUAUGGGAGUAUUUUGAGUUGACUGAUCAUAAUAAGGUUUGUAUGUGUAAUGAUAUACAUAAAAUAGUGAAUAUUGUAUACUCGCUAUACACUGAACUAUCAGUCCUAAUAUGUAUGACUUCCUUAAAGGUGAGGUGCUUGCUGUGUGAUAAACAGCUAACAUACAGCAACAACACUUCCUCCAUGCUUCGCCAUUACAGAGCACUGCAUGAGCAUGCCCAGCCUGCCAACAGGCCGGAUACAAGCCAAAGUACCAUCAGAUAUUUUUUUGCAUGUUGUCAAAAUCUCGUGUUCAGCUCCUACAACACACCAGCAUCACUGUUAAUUGAUAACUGUUACAGGUUCCAGAAAAGCAAUGGUGGAUGAGGCUGUGGUCAACAUGAUCAUCAAGGACUCCCAGCCGUUCUCCGUUGUGGAGGAUGUGGGCUUCAGGGAGCUCAUGCACCUAAUGGAUCCCAACUAUAUUCUCCCCAGUAGAAAGGCUCUGAAAGCAAUGGUGGAUAUAAAAUAUCAGGAGGCCAAGGAGAAGGCCAGAGAGCAGGUCCAGAAGGCUGUGGCUGUCAGUCUCACGUCUGACAUGUGGACGUCCAUCAAUAUGGACGCCUACCUGGCAGUGACGCCCAUACAGCAGAAUACCUUGCAGCGGGGCAUGUACAGCUCAUGGAGGAGUGGGGCAUCAGAGAUAAGGUGA